UUCCGGAAUGGAGUAGAACGAUUUACUACCAUUCAAAGUUCUGAAUCACUGUUGUUUCCCCCAAACCGUAAUUUCCCCAUCCAUGGCCAGAGGAAUCCCCAACUACGACGGUGAUGACAGCUCUUAUGACGGCGCUGGUGGAGGAGGCGGCGGCAAUGGAAGCCAAUGCAUAACGCAACGUUCUCCUUCUGCCUCCUAUUCAUUUCCACACUUUGACUCUUUCUUCGAUUCAUCAUUGAAUCGUGGUACCAUCGGAGACGUAUUUUUCGGCACCGACGAUAUAAAGGACACUAGAGAGUUAACGUACAAGGGAGAUGUGCUGGAGAGUUUCCUUACAGAAACGGCCAUGAAAUCUCUGAGGCGGCAAUCAAAGAAAGGAUCGAUCUCGAAUUUCGGUUCGCUAAUGGCGCUCAAAACCCUUUCCUCAUUUCUCUCCCCUCUAUCUCUUCCAAGCCACCACAAUCUCCCUAACUUCAACUAUACAUCCCUCAAUAUUUACAGAAAACCCACUCCCGUUUCUUGCAAAUCCACUCAGUCACAGGCCCAAACCCAAAUGCCACUCUCGGAACCUCAAUUGCUUUCUUCUGAGCCCGAAGGAACCGGUGCGGCUGCUCCGACCCGGGGAGACCGAUUCCUCGAAAGGCAACAAGUUGACGAGGCUGCUAAGCUUGUGAUAAAUGAGAUAAAGAAAAGUAAGAAGAAGACGAAGAAGGUUUUGAAGGUUAAUACGGCGGUGGCGAGUUGUUAUGGUUGUGGAGCUCCAUUGCAGACAUUGGAGAUGGAUGCUCCAGGUUAUGUGGAUACUGAUACUUAUGAAUUGAAGAAGAAACACCACCAGCUAAGAACGAUUCUUUGUGGGAGAUGUAGGCUUUUAUCUCAUGGGCAUAUGAUAACUGCUGUUGGUGGGAAUGGAGGUUAUCAUGGGGGAAAGCAGUUUGUUUCGGCUGAUGAGCUUCGUGAAAAGCUCUCUCACUUGCGCCAUGAGAAGGCUUUGAUUGUUAAAUUGGUUGAUAUUGUGGACUUCAAUGGCAGCUUUUUAUCACGUGUGCGUGAUCUUACUGGUGCAAAUCCUAUAAUACUAGUUGUGACCAAGAUUGAUCUCCUUCCAAAAGGGACUAAUUUUAAUUGUGUGGGCGAUUGGGUUGUGGAGGCCACUACAAGGAAGAAGCUCAAUGUCUUGAGUGUGCACCUUACUAGCUCAAAGUCUUUAGUAGGGAUUGCUGGAGUUGCAUCAGAAAUCCAAAAGGAGAAGAAGGGGCGGGAUGUAUACAUUCUGGGAUCAGCAAAUGUGGGAAAAUCUGCAUUCAUAAGUUCUUUACUAAAAAUGAUGGCACAAAGGGAUCCUGCAGCUGCAGCAGCGCAAAAGUACAAACCAAUACAAUCAGCUGUUCCUGGAACUACCUUGGGUCCAAUUCAGAUUAAUGCUUUCCUUGGAGGAGGGAAAUUGUAUGAUACACCAGGGGUUCAUCUUCACCAUAGGCAAGCUGCAGUAGUUCACUCAGAAGAUUUACCUGUGCUUGCUCCUCAAAGUCGGCUCAUAGGUCAAUCAUUCCCUAGUGCCUCCAAAAAUGGGAUGGCAGGGAAAUUCAACGCGAAUGGCUUAAAUGGAUUCUCAAUAUUUUGGGGUGGUCUUGUCAGAAUUGAUAUCUUGAAGGUUCUCCCAGAGACAUGUUUGACAUUUUAUGGGCCAAAGAAGUUGCAGAUUCAUGCUGUACCCACUGACGAAGCAGAUGAAUUUUACAAGAAAGAACUUGGAGUUCUGUUGACACCACCAACUGGAAAAGACAGAGCAGAUGAAUGGAGAGGACUGGAGACAGUGCAGCAAUUGCAAUUAAACUUCGAGGACGCAGAAAGACCUGCUAGUGAUGUGGCUAUUUCAGGCCUGGGUUGGAUCACCAUUGAAGCGAGACGCAAGUCUCUUGGAAUUUCUGAUAAUUUGGUAGAAACCAUCAAAGAAUUGCAUUUGGCCGUACAUGUACCCAGGCCAGUUGAGAUUUUUGUUCGGCCUUCAAUACCCGUCGGCAAGGCUGGAGCAGAAUGGUACCAAUAUCGUGAGUUAACAGAGAAGGAAGAAGAAAUAAGACCGAAGUGGUACUUUUGAGGGCAUAUUGUUUCUUGAUACCGUGUUCCAUUUUUUUGCAUGGUUGUAAAGUUAAGAAAGGUACACGCUGUACACCCAUAGUGAAGAAAAACUGAGAAUUUGGACAGUUGAAGUGUAGAAGUGACAGGUGGUGAGCUUGUUCCAGAAAUUUUGUUUGUAGAAGAUGCGACAGAAGGUUGGAGACUGGCAGUAAAUUUGGGGUUAAUAUGAGUAAGUAGAACAUUUUUCUUUGCAAAAACUGUUCUACUCUUUAACUCUGUUUUCUCUGAUAUAGGCAAACAAGCAUUUCUCCUUUAAGAUCUGCACAUCUUUUUAAAGUUUAAGCUAUUCUCUUGCAAAACCAUCAACAUUUCAACCAAGCAUAUUAGAAGUAAGAUUUAAGAUUUUGUUGAAAUGCUAAAUUUUAUGAUUUUACAAGUUGUAACAAUGCUUUUGCCUUUUAGGUUUUCAUAAUUAUCUUAACAAAAAAAAUUGAAUGUUUUACUUAUUUUAAUUGCCUAAAAAAAAACCAUUUUGUAAAACAAUUUGGCUUAUCUAACACAUAUUAUGUACGAUAUUAAUAAUAUCUAUUUAAUUUAUUCAUACAACUAUU